AUGAGCACGGGCGUGCGGCCGGGGCGGCGGUUCACGGUGGGGCGGAGCGAGGACGCCACGCACCCGGCCACCAUCCGCGCCGCCAUCUCCGAGUUCAUCGCCACCGCCAUCUUCGUCUUCGCCGCCGAGGGGUCCGUCCUCUCGCUCGGGAAGAUGUACCAGGACACGAGCACGGCGAGCGGGCUGGUGGCCGUGGCGCUGGCGCACGCGCUGGCACUGGCCGCGGCGGUCGCCGUGGCCGUCAACAUCUCGGGCGGGCACGUGAACCCCGCCAUCACCUUCGGCGCGCUGAUCGGCGGCCGCAUCUCCCUGGUCCGCGCGGCCUUCUACUGGGUGGCGCAGCUGCUGGGCGCCGUGGCUGCCACGCUCCUCCUCCGUCUCGCCACGGGCGGCGCGCGCCCGCCCGGGUUUGCGCUGGCGUCCGGGGUCGGCGACUGGCACGCCGUGCUGCUGGAGGCCGUCAUGACGUUCGGGCUCAUGUACGCCUACUACGCCACGGUGAUCGACCCGAAGCGGGGCCAAGUGGGCACCGUCGCGCCGCUCGCCGUGGGGUUCCUGCUUGGCGCCAACGUGCUGGCGGGCGGGCCAUUCGACGGCGCCGGGAUGAACCCGGCGCGGGUCUUCGGCCCGGCGCUCGUCGGCUGGCGGUGGAGGCACCACUGGGUGUACUGGCUGGGACCCUUCCUCGGCGCCGGGCUCGCGGGGCUGGUGUACGAGUUCCUGGUCAUCCCGUCCGCCGAUGCCGCCGCGCCGCACAGCACGCAUCACCAGCCGCUCGCGCCGGAGGACUACUAG